AUGUCGUGGAUGUUCGGCCUGAGGAGCGGGGGCAGCGGUGAUCAGCCGCCCCCGAAGAUCGAGUUGCCAGAUCCCGAACAAAAAGGAGCAAAGAGCUCAUUCCAAUUCGACUCCACUGCCCUUGAAAGAGCUGCCAAGGCCGCUAAAGAGCUCGAAAAUUCACGUCAUGGACGGGAAGCGAUCGAACUCUCCAGGAUGCAGGAAACGACGGCCCAACUCGAGCACCAGCGUCACAUAAAAGAGAUCGAAGCUCAAGUCGAGCAGAUGAAAAUCAAACAAAUCCAAAUCGCACAAGAAGAACAUCGGAAGACCCUAGAAGAGCAGGGCAAAAUCUCAAGACAACGUGCCGAAUACGAGGACCAGCUCGCGAGGAGAAGACACGAAGAUCAACUGAUCGCUCAGCAACGUCACCAGGAUGAAAUAUUGCGGAAGCAGGAAGAGUCGACAGCGAAACAGGAAGCCAUGAAGAAGGCCACCGUCGAACAUGAAAUGAAGUUGAGAGGUGACAAUGACAUCAAGAAAGUUCAAGCCGAGGUCAUGGCUAAGGCCAAAACCGACCGCGAGAACCACGAUAUCAACAUGGAGCAGCUAAAACUCAAAGCCAAAGAGAACCGCGAGACGAUCAUCCAGUCGAUCCAGACAGCCGGCUCGGUUUUCGGAGCUGGUUUCAACGCUUUCGUUUCUGAUUGGGACAAAGUUGUUACGGGGGCCGCUGGGCUCACGCUGCUCGCCGGAGGUGUAUACACCGCCCGAAUGGGCACGUCGGUCAUCGGACGUUAUAUCGAAUUGCGGUUGGGGAAGCCGUCGCUGGUUCGGCAGACGUCGAGGUUGACGGCGGGGCAAUUGGCAAAACAUCCAAUACAGACGGUGAAGAUGCUCACAAGACCGAAGGAAGACAUCCUCAAAGGAGUGGUGUUGCAACCAACUCUCGAGGAGCGUCUGCGAGACAUUGCCAUCGCUACGAAGAACAGCAAACAGAACGGAGGAUAUCUGAGGAAUAUACUCAUGUACGGACCCCCCGGAACUGGCAAAACUCUUUUUGCUAAGCGGCUCGCCUAUCAUUCCGGACUCGACUACGCCGUCAUGAGCGGAGGUGACGUGGCACCGAUGGCCGCCGAAGGGGUUUCCGCCAUUCACAAGCUCUUCGAUUGGUCAGAAACUUCGCGCAAAGGUGUUCUCCUCUUCAUCGAUGAAGCAGACGCAUUCCUACGGAAGAGAAGUUCGGAGCACAUAUCAGAACACUUGCGUUCGUCUCUGAACGCGUUCUUGUUCCGAACCGGAGAACAAUCGAAGAAGAUCAUGCUGGUUUUAGCUUCGAACACCCCGGAGCAGUUUGACUUCGCCAUCAACGACCGUCUCGAUGAAAUGGUCGAGUUCAGCCUCCCGGGUCUCGAAGAACGAGAGCGCCUGGUGCGGCUCUACUUCGAGAAGUUCAUCCUGCAGUGUCUCGGCGUCGGGAGACGAGGCCUCAAACUCGAGGACGGUCUGGAUUGGAGUGCGCUGUGCUCUGAGAUAGCUACGAAGACAGGAGGCCUGUCCGGCCGUGAGAUCGCGAAAGUCGCCGUCGCGUGGCAAGCCAGCGGUUAUGCGAGCGAGGACGCUACCGUGACGAGGAAAAUCAUGCUCGAACGUGUGGAAGACGCCGUCGAGCAGAACAAGCUCAAAAUCAAAUGGCAGGUUGCCGAAGAAGCAGUGAAACGGACAACUUUCAAGUCCAGUCAAUGAAGAUUGAAUGUCGAAGGAUUCCAGGAGCCCGAAACAUUGGAUCCGCGGAGCACGGGUUUCCACGAGCACGAUGGUCUCCGGUAUCGGAAGAAUCAUCGUUCGACUGGUCGAGCCUACGAUUCGUCGCUCGAGCGAUUGGGAGACGGCAGCGGGCUCAACUGACCGGAACGCGUGUGGAAACCCUGUGUUUCUCCGCGGUGCCGAACGAGCCACUGCCUAGGCCGCUGAGCGUUCGGAAUAUCUACAGUAAUAUGGGAACUAGUUGGAUAUUUAGUCUCCUCAUGUAUGUACAUUUCAAUUGGAAGUUAGGUUUUGAAAUUCUCUUCUUUGCAUAAUAAACGUGUGGAAGGAAGCUCUCGC